AUGGCCGCCGCCCUCAGGGGCGCGAUGUUCGUCGGGCUCCUGCUCUGCGGUGAGUCCGCCGGGGCCGGAGGGAGGGACGGACGGAGGGACGGAGCGACCUCCCGGUCCCGCCUCGCCGCGGGGAAGGGGGUGGCGGUGCCCCGGGCGAGGCGGGAGCCAGGGGCGCCUGAGCCGGCAGGGUCGCCGCUGCCCGUGCAUUUCCCGGGAGAGGCGUACGACACGGUGUGGAGCGGGCUGAGCGCCACGCGGUGUGACGUGUCCUCGCUGCCCGCCUACGGCCACUACCAGCUGCAGGUGCGCGCCGAGCUGGGCCGGCAGCACUCGCCCUGGGUCACCCUCCGCUUCAGGCCCUUGGACCACACAGUGAUUGGGCCCCCUGAGGUGACGGUGAAGUCGGAGUCUGGGGCCCUGCACGUGGAUUUCUCCGGCCCCUUUGCCGAGCACAAGCAGGAGAAGUGGCCUCUGUGGCAAUACUAUGGCCCCUGGAGCUACAGGAUCCUGUACUGGAAGAAAGGCACAGACCUGACCUCCCCUUCCAGGGUCUCUCAGGUGGAAACCAAACACAACUCUGCAAUCCUGUCCCAGCUGGAGCCGUGGACGUGCUAUUGUGUCCAGGUGCAGGUGGUGAUUCCCGGGUGGAACAAGACAGGGGAGCUGAGCAGGGAGCUGUGUGAGGAGACCACCCACAACGGUGUAACUCCUGUGUGGGUUGUUGUGGCAGUUCUCCUAGGAUCCAUGUUGGCCGUUGCCACAGCAGUCUCCAUUUGUUUCUUCUCCUUUUUUUAUCUAAUUCGACUCACCAAACAUGUUUUCUGCCCUACAUAUAUCUUCCCACAACACUUGAAAGAGUUCCUGAGCAAAUCUCCCAGUGCUCCACAGCCCUUCUUUCCGCUUCCACAAGAAGAGCAUCUUCUUUAUGACAAGCUGACUGUCAUUCCAGGAGAUUCCCAGAAUGCCAGGGAUGAGGCUGAGGAUGAGUCCGAGACACCGGAGCACCCUCAGGGCUCUGAGCAAGGAGAUUCCGACUCAGGAGUGGGAACAGCUUCAGGGAAGACCUAAAUGCUGCCUUGGAGAAGGAAACAAAGGGACUGCUGGGUUUAUCUCCUCAUUGCUCCUUUCUUCUGACAGUGAAAACCCACAGACAAAGAUGACCAUGAGCACAGACAGAAUAAUUUUAUUUGUUUUUUCAAGUACAAGGAACUUGGCUGUAAAUGAGGAACUAAACAAUACACAAUUUUUGCCACUGCUGGUUGUGGCUCCCUAAGGAGUUGUGGCAAUACCUGGCACUGAUUAUGACAUUAAAAAGCAAUUUUCAUAUAUAUAUAUAUAUAAAAUACUAGUUAACUCUGAUGAACUAUUUAUUGCAAAAACUAAGAAAAAAUAUUUGUAAAAGAAAAGCAUAUUUUGUAAA